AUGCCAGCAGUCGAAUCAGCCUUUGAUCCCAAGGACAUGAUAUUCAGACACCUCGGGCCCACAGGCUUGAAGGUCUCUGUCUUUUCCCUUGGUGGUUGGCUCACAUACGGCGGCACGCAGAAGGGUGACAUUGUCAAGGAGUGCCUGCAGACUGCUUGGGACCAUGGCAUAAACUUCUUCGACACCGCUGAAACGUACGCCAACGGCGAGAGUGAGGUCGAGAUGGGCCGAGCCCUGAAGGAGCUGGCCUGGCCGAGGGACGAGUAUGUGCUGUCCACAAAGAUCUUCUUCGGUACGGGCCGUAAGGAACCAAACACCCGGGGUCUAUCAAAGAAGCACGUCGUUGAGGGAUUGAAGAGCUCCUUGGCAAGACUGCAGCAGCCAUACGUCGAUAUUGUGCUUGCUCACAGGCCCGACUAUGCAACGCCAAUGAAGGAGAUCGUCGAAGGAUUCACCCAGUGCAUCCGCAAUCUUAACCUCGCCUACUACUGGGGAACCUCCGAGUGGUCCGCAACCCAGAUCAUGGAGGCGACGCAGAUCGCCGAGAGGUACAAUCUCAUCGCUCCCAUCGCCGAGCAGCCGCAAUACAAUGCCUUCCACCGCGAGCGCUUCGAGGUUGAGUACGCUCCUCUGUUCCAACAGUUCCAAUACGGCACCACAAUCUGGAGUCCCCUCGCCUCUGGCCUCCUGACAGGCAAGUACAACGACGGCAUCCCAGAGGACUCCCGCUUCGCGACCAACAAGGCUUUCUUCGAGAGCACGAUCAAGGAGCUAAAGACACCAGAGGGCCAGGCGAAAAUCGAGAAGGUGAAGAAGCUCACCAAGGUCGCUCAGGAGCUUGGCGGAAACUGCACCCAGCUGGCGCUGGCUUGGGCGGCGAAGAACCCGAACGUCAGCACUGUCAUCUUGGGCGCGACCAAGACCGAGCAGAUCAUUGAUAACUGCAAGGCGGUCAAGCUGAUUGAGAAGUUGACGCCGGAGGUCAUGCAGCAGAUUGAGGAGAUCCUGCAGAACAAGCCGAGCCCACCUCCGACCUUUGGUCGCGACCGGUAA